AUGCCACCGAAAGCCGAUCUCAACAAGGCUGGAUGGGAGCAGAGUGACUUCCCUAUCCUCUGUGAAACAUGUCUAGGUCCUAAUCCAUUCGUUCGAAUGUCUAAGCAAGAGUUUGGCAGGGAGUGCGGGACAUGCGCUAGGCCAUUUACUGUUUUCCGAUGGAACCCUGGAGAGGGCGGUCGGUUUAAGAUGACUGUUAUUUGCCAAACGUGUGCAAAGAUUAAAAAUAUUUGCCAAACUUGCCUUUUGGACCUCGAGUUUGGCCUCCCAGUCCAAGCUCGUGACACUGCUCUUGCUGUUCGAAGCGAAGCACCGACCAGCGAGAUCAACAGAGAAUGGUACGCCCAAAAUGCUGAAGGAAAACUUGCCCCCCAUGAAUCAUUAAUGAAGACCGGUCGUGUUGGCUCUGCGACAAAGGAGAUGUUGCAGCAACUCGCCCGUUCUGACCCAUACUAUAAGCGAAAUCGACCGCAUAUCUGUAGUUUCUUUGUCAAAGGGCAGUGUAAUCGUGGUGCAGAGUGUCCAUACAGACAUGAAAUGCCUACAGACAAGGACGACCCCAUGGCGAAGCAGAACAUCAAGGACAGAUAUCACGGCAGGAACGAUCCCGUGGCGAAGAAGAUUCUCUCCAACUACGCAGCCUCCAAAGGUCUUGUUCCGCCGGAUGAUCCUUCUGUGCAAUCUCUUUUCCUCACACCCCUCCCUCAAGACGCCACGGAAGACUCGAUACGAACUCGUGUAGUACAAGCCCUUCCUUUCCUUUCGCCCUCAGACAUUCGAUCAAUUGUUCACGUUGCCAAGACAAAGUCUGCCUUUGUCAAUUUUACAUCGCGCAAUGCUGCAGAGCGCGCUGCCGAAGCAUGGGCGAAUGGAUUAGACUGGGAUGGAAGCAUUGUAGGUGUGAAAUGGGGUCGCUCGAAGAACAAGACAGCCCCAGUAGCGUCAACCUCUGAGACCGUCGCUACAUAG